AGCAAGUAUCUCGUUUGUCUGUUACACUGUCGCGAAUCACGAUGGUUUCAUCGUUGCUUUCGUGGCUGCUUUCGUCGCCCUUUGUGCUACUAUUGACCACUCUGGUUGUCAUUGGUAUCCUGAAAUUUGCCAGUGCACUGCAUCGCACAUAUUAUUACUGGAAGAAUAAGGGCGUUCCUUACCUGCCAAAUUCGCUGUCAUCAUGGCUGAUUGGUUGGAAAUUUCUGUUCGGUCGCAUCAGUUUUAUCCAUUAUUUCCGUUAUCUAUACAAUUGUCACCCGGACGUUAAAUAUGUCGGACUAAUGGAUUUCAACACACCUAGCGUGUUACUGCGCGAUCCUGAGCUGAUUAAAGACGUCAUGGUGAAGGAUUUUGACCAUUUCCCAGACCAUCGCAGUUUCAUUGACGAAAACGUAGAACCGCUGUUCGGCAAGAACAUCUUCGCCUUGCGCGGCGAUCGUUGGAGAGAAAUGAGGAAUACGUUAAGCCCCUCUUUUACCGCCAGCAAGAUGAAGUUCCUGUUUGAUUUGAUAUCGGAAUGCUCUCACGAUUUCGUUAAUUAUCUGGUCGAUCAUCCGGAAAUCUGCCAUGAGAUCGAAACCAAGGGAGCCUUCAGACGAUACACCAACGACGUAAUCGCCACGACAGCCUUUGGCAUAAAAGUAAAUUCUAUGAAGGAUCAGAACAACGAGUUUUACACGAGAGGAGUGGAAAGUACCAAAUUUGCUAGCGGAGUACUAACGAUAUUCAAGAUGCUAUUUUUUCGCGCCUAUCCACGACUCGCUAAAUUCAUUGGUCUGAACAUUUUCCCAAAGGAUACGGCCACAUUUUUCAAGAAGAUCGUCGGGGAAACCAUUAGAGCGCGGGAAGAGCAAAAUAUCGUCCGACCGGAUAUGAUACAUUUACUAAUGCAGGCACGGGACAAAGAAGGCGCCAGUGUGCACAAAAUGACAUUGGAUGACAUCGUUUCGCAAGCAUUCAUCUUUUUCUUCGCUGGUUUCGAGACAACUGCUACGCUGAUGUGUUUCGCUGCUCAUGAACUGGCAGUCCAUCAAGAUGUACAAGAUCGUUUGCGCGAGGAGGUACAACAGUAUCUUGCCAAAGGAAACGGUGAGAUUUCUUACGAGUUGCUGUCGAAGAUGUCUUACAUGGAUAUGGUGAUCUCCGAGAUUCUCAGAAAGUAUCCACCGGCGCCCUUCAUCGAUAGAGUUUGCACUAAAAGAUAUGAACUGCCUCCGUCGCAACCAGGGGGCAAGGCUGUGUUCCUCGAACCGGACAAUAUAUUGAUGUUUCCCAUUUACGAUUUACACCACGAUCCCAAGUACUUUCCGAAUCCGGAAAAGUUCGAUCCCGAAAGGUUCAGCGAGGAGAACAAAGACAACGUCAUACCAUACUCUUAUCUACCGUUCGGUCAUGGGCCUAGAAAAUGUAUCGGCAAUCGAUUUGCUCUCAUGGAGACUAAGAUCCUCAUAGCUCAUCUUUUACAAAAGUUUACUCUGAAGACUACGAAGAAAACCGUCGAGCCAAUCGUAUUCGGUCCAAGGGAGUUUGCGUUGCAACCUGUGGGCGGAUUCUGGAUUGGCUUGGAGAAGAGAGAAACGUAAAAAUCUUGUACGCAAUACACUAUUCUAGGAUACAGUUGUGUUUGGAAAAAUAUUGCAUUUUCAAAACUCUCAAGAUAUUCAACGCGUGUGGACACCUUGGAAGAUGAUUGAAGUACACGAUUUAUUUGCGGUGCAUUGCGAUUAUUGCGUUAUUAUGCUCAAAGCAAGUGACCAAGGUUUUGUUAACAAGGAAUAAAAAAAAUUUAAUGUUACGACGUGUGAUUUGCGUAAGCUCUCGAGUCUCGCGUUGUCUCAAUAUUACGAUAAGCGUCCUGACUUGCGUAGACUUUCAACUCUGAAGUGUUUUGCCGAUUGUUUUUAAUGACUCAUAUGACUUGCACCGUUCGCCGAAUAGCACGAUAGAAAUAAUAAAAUCAAUAUCGUUAAUUCUUUAUGUAAAAGCGAAUAUCUCUAUCGUGUAAUACGUCUUUCGUGUUUUCGUACUUUUGAAAUUUCUUCAAAUUAUGGUUUUUGUAGCUUAAUGUCACUUUUAACAUUCGACGUUUGACAGUUUUUUUAAUAAGCAUAACAAAACAGUACUUUAUUGAUAGCUGAUGCAACAUACUGUACUAUUGCAUGUGUGUAUUUAUAAUAUUUUCCAGUAACAUUUAUUUAUAAAAUAGAAUUUUUUAACUCCUAAUACUAUCAUCAGAAGUUCAUAAAAUCAUUUUAAACUACUGAUGAAACCAUUUCGUUGUAUUAGCUAUACAAAAUAUGCAUUGCUAUCUGGGUAAUUAUAAUAAACUAACAAAACAUUUGACACCUUCCAUAGCGUUUGACGCGUUUGACACGAAUGUGGUUAAUCAGAUAUGAUUCAUUAUCUGGGAAUAGAUAGUAUAUAAAAAAAAAUAAGGAAAUCAAUCUACUUGUAUCUAAUCAGUACGAAAUGCGCAGAUAAUCUUAAUUGUCAACAGAAACGAUUACAAAUAAGAACUUGUUAUUGAUUACGAUGUUUAUGAGAGCUUUCUUUUUUUAUCGGUAGGAGGUUUUUAUGAGAAUGAAUCAUAAUGUUUUUUUAUCAUAUUGUUAUCCAGAAUAAUAUGUGCGGGAAUAACAAGAUAAUGAAAAUAAGAUAAACUUAUUGUAAGGCUAACCUAUCGUAACAAUGUUCUGGAUCUUGAAAGCCACUUACUUAUUGUAUAAAUGCAGUCGUAGCCUUUCGUAAACAUA